GUCCCUGACAAUAAAGGCGUUGGUUACCACUUACCCGUUCUGUUUUUCCACAAUGUGGGUGCCUUAGCACUCUCAGAAGGAAGGAAGAGGAGGGAAGGAGAAGGAAGAGGAAGACGAAGAAGAAGAAAGUACGGAAGGAGAUGAAAAGGGAAAAGAAGAAGUGAGAGAAAGUUAGAGCUAAGAGUGGAGAUACUCAUUUCUCACUGUACCUGCUGUUCCGCCUCCAAUUGUCUGCAACAAUGAUUUCCUCAAGAACCAGAACUGGGUUGUUUGAGACGCUGCCCAAGUCCUCUGAUCCUUCGCCUAAGGUUACCAAGUUGAGCAGACCGCCAAACAAGUCUGAACAUGAUUUUUCUCCCGUUGCUCAUCGUCAGGGGAGGCAGUCACUUGAUGGGUCACCAAGAAUGGUCGAUUCCAGGCCAAGAUCAGUUGAAUCUAAGUCAUCAGAACGCCGAUCACCUAAGAUCAACACGUCUGAGAAGCGAGUUUCGAAGGGAUCGGAGUUGCAGAGCCAGUUGGUGGUUCUUCAGGAUGAUCUGAAGAAUACGAAAGAACUGCUGGAGAAAGCAGAAGAUGAGAAAUCACAAGCACUGGAAGACCUUAAGAAGGCAAAGCGAGCCACGGACGAAGCAAACGAGAAGGUGACUGAAGUACUUGCUCUUCAGAAGCGAGCUGAGGAGAAUUGUGAGAUUGAGAAGUUUCGGGCCGACGAGCUGGAGCAGGCGAGCAUUGACAAGAUGCAGAGGAUUGAGCAGAAGUGGCAAUCGGAGAUUUCUCUUGUCAAGAAAAAGCAUGCUGCUGAUGUAUCAGCACUGCUUUCUGCAAAUCAAGAGGUGGAAAGGAUGAAGAAGGAGCUAGCAAUGGCCAUUGAAGCAAAAAGUUCUGCUCUCCUGCGUGCUGAAAAUGCGACUAAAUUUGCACAGGAGAAUGCUAAGAAAGUCGAGGUUUUGACUGCAGAAUUGGAUCAAUUGAGGGAUGCAUUGAAUGAAGCACGCGCUUCUCAGUUGGCUAUUCGCGAAGAAAACGCUUCAAUUGAUGCAUGGUGGGAAUCCAAGGCCAAGGAAGCUUCCAUAUUGGUGGAGAAUUUGACUUCUGAAGCGGAAUCACUAAAACAGGAAUUGAAGAAAGCAAAGAUGGCUGAAGCCGAACUUGUGGAAAGUGAACUAAUGAUUGAAAGGUUAAGUGUUGAACUGCAUGAUGCUAAAAAUUCAGAAUGUAAUGCUAUUGAUUUGGCAGAACAGCUGAAGAAGAAGGUUGAAUCAUUGGAAGUCGAAGUUGACAAAGCAAAAUCUGCUGAGAAGGCUUCUAACGAGUCGGUGGCUUCACUUCUGAAGCGGUUGGAAGAGAGUAAUUUGUUUCUGCAAGAAGCUGAAACUGAGAUAACUUCACUUAGAUUACGCGCUGAGUCUUUAGAGAUGUCUCUUUGUCAACAGCGAGGUGAUCUGGAGAAAUCAGACAGGCAAAUUGAGACGGCAAAAAUUGAAACCGAUUCCAUGGCUAGGGUUAUCGGAUCUCUGAAAGGUGAAUUGGAGAUAAUGGAGGCUGAGAAACAAGAAGCUCUUAAGAAUGAAGAACUAGCGGCUCUGAAAAUUCAAAGCCUAAUGGAGGAGAAGAGCAAACUCUUUGAUGAACUGCAAAAGACUACAGAAGAAGAAGAGAAGAGCAAGAAUGCGAUGGAUGAUUUGGCUUUGGUGAUACGUGAAGUUUCCUUGGAAAGUAACAAAGCAAAAGAAGAUCUUGAUACCACUCAAGGCCAGCUUGCAGAAGCAAGGUCCCAGGUGGACGACUUGAAGCUCGUCCUUCAGAAAACAGAGGAGAAGUAUCAGGCCGUGAUUGAUGAAGCGAUGAAGGAGAUUGAUCAAUACAAAAUCAUUGUUAAACAAAAUGAACUUGACUUCCAAAGAUCGAAAGCAGAUUCGCAUGAAAAAGAACUGAAUUUCUUAAGCCGUAUUAAAAGAUCAGAGGAGGAAAUCGUAGUCCUUAAAGGUGAAGCAGACAAGCUAACAAAUUCCCUUAAAGCUGCUGAGGCUCAAACUCGAAUGGCAAGGGAAGAUGGUGUUCAAUUGCAAAAUUUCCUUUGCCAGGUCAAAUCUGAACUAUCCGGCGCAAAGCAAGUUGCAGAAAAUGCUAUAUCUGAAUCUCUUCAAUUGAAGGAGGCUUUACACCGCAAAGAAAACGAUAUAGCUAACUUUGCACGUGAAAACAAAGAACUCCUUGACAGAGAAGCUGCUGCUCUGGCGAAAAUUGAGGAGUUAUCGAAGCUAUUAGCAGAGAAAGCUUCACAAAAAGACGCGGAAGAUGGCAAAUUAAUGACCAAAGCAACGGUUGGUUUAGAAGUUCCAAUGAAGGCUGGGCUUCCUGGUGAGGCUGCUUACGAGAAGAUUGAAAAGCAUACUUUAGAGGUUUUAAUGAAAGCUGAAAUUGCUGCUGAGGCUGCCCAUGAAAAAAUUGAAGAGAAUGGUCUAGAAGCUCCAAUAAAAGCUGAGAUUUCUGUUCAGAAUGAUACCGAAAAGAUUCAAAAGCAUGGUCUAGAAGUUCCAAGGAAGGCUGAGGUUUCUGUUGAGACUGCUUAUGAAAAGAUUGAAGAGAACGUUACAGAAGUCCCAAAGGUGGCCGAGACUUCUGACGAGACACCAAACGAAAAAAUUCAAGCGAAGUUCAUAUCCAGUCUUUCCACUGGUAACGUAAAGAAACAACAAGAGAAUGUCGUUUCUGUGACCGUUGUUCCUUCAGACCUGAAAGCACGGCCUGUGCAUGGCAGCAUGAACAACACUGAGAAUAGCAAAGACGAAACUGAGUGGGAAACCUUUAAAACAUAUGAAAAUGACUCUUCACCAAAGAGUACCAUGCAUGAAUCCGUGGAUGAGGAUUUUGAUUCGAAGUCGCAAUUCGGCAGUUUGAAUCGGAGACAUGGAUUGGCAUCAGAAAUCGUGGAAGACGGACAAAAACAUCAUCAAAAGAAGAAGAACGCAUUACUACAUAAAUUUGGAGGUCUGCUGAAGAAAAAACACUCCUGCAAAUAAAAUCUGCAGAAGUGCGACACAGGCAAGAAACAUUUGUCCGCCUUUUGAGCUUCUAGAGGUGCGCCUAUGGUUCUCGUUUCUAAGAUGAUGUGUUUGUAAAUUGUGGUGUUCAUUUCGGUUUGUGAUUACCCACUGCAGCCUGCUCGCACGCCGGUGUGUUUACUUUUAUGUUUUUCUUCUUUUUCCUUUUUAACUCUUUGAUCACGUCAAAAUUUUCUUUGGCCUUCAUACUUUGUUCCUCAUUUGUUUGAGCGAGAUGAGAACUGAAUUGUAUUUAAAUCUUCUUAUUCUUA